AUGUGCUACUACUGCUGCUGCCGCCAGCAGUUUGUGGUCAUACUGGUCUGCCUGCUCUAUAUCCUGCUCGUUCUCAUCUUUUUCAUCAACGUUUUUCUCGCCGAUCGCAACAUGAUGCGUGCCAAUGGCAAUCCCAUGAUGACCGGCGGUCCAUCCGGAGGUGUCGGUGGCAUGCCGGGCAUGCAUCCGGGACACCAUAAUCCGUACGAUAUGCACGGCUAUCAUCACUACAACAACUAUCAUCCGCAAAUGGAUCCCAAGCAACAGCAGCAGCAGCCAACACGCAAGACACCCAAUCAACAGCAGGCAGAACAGGAUAUUUACUACUAUUUCAAUCAUGUAUUCAGGCGGCGAUGAAUUACAUACACCCACAUACGCGUAUAUAUAUAAAUACAUAUAA